CGUGUAUUGUUUUCAUUGAUUGUUGUUUAUUUCUUGAUUAAUUUUAAUUUUUUUACGUGUAAAUUGUCUAAUUAAAUUAAAUUUUUUAGUGUGACUCAUCAUAUUUUGAUAUUUUGGUUAAACUUGUUGAUCUGAGUCUCAUUGGCUGAUUCCCAGCAUCAUGAGUAUUUCUUCUGACAGUUCUCGAACAAAUUUACGGCCAAAAGUGACAGGCCUAUCACCUAAGGAGGGAGUUCCCGGUACAAAAAUUAUCAUCAGAGGAGAAAAUUUCGGAAGAAAUGCAGAUGAUUUAAUUGAAUUGACCAUAUGUGGCGUUAAUUGCUUAAUGUAUGUCGAAUGGAUAAAUAAUAGCAAAAUCUUGACAAGAAGUGGAAAAUGUGAUGGGUUAGGUGAUGUCAUUAUUACAACUAUCUCCGGUGGAACUGGUACUUGUACGGUUCAAUUCCGUGGUUUACCCGACAUAGUUAGUCCAACUAAAGAUUGUUCGGUUUGGAUCAAUGAAGAAGAUUAUUUCAGUUUAGGUAAAGCAAAUCAUGGUUUAGGUAGUACAACUUCUCCUGGACUUUAUGCAUCUGAUCCUCUUGGGCUGCUUCCAGAAGGAACUGAAGCUGUUAAAAGUGCAUUAGGAGAAAAUGUUAUUCGCCAAUUCUUCCCGGAAGCUCUUAGUCAGGAUAAAAGUGAAAAAGGAUUUGGCAAUGCCUUCUCCCAUGAUUUCAUUCCAGUUUGGUAUCUUCUUGAGAACCAUAGUACUGCUUCUUUUGACGAUCUGGUUACUGGUUUGGAUCGAUUAAAAGCGCGAGUUAAUCAAAGAACUCCAUCAACAUCUAGUCUUGGUCCAUUGCAAUUACUUAAGCCAAAUGUUUUAGCUAUCAUUGAAUGUUUGGAUGCUUUGAAAACUGUUCACAUCAAUCUAAAGAAACAUAAACAAGAAAUGGGUUCAGAUCUUACAUAUAAAGUUGAAGAAUUGAUUAAGAAAUCUCUUUCUGAAGCUCAUAUAAUUUUCGAUUCUGUAUUAGCUCGUAAAGAUCUUGCUGAUUCAACAAGGAAUGCUUUGAAUGUUUUACAACGUUAUCGUUUUCUAUUCAACUUGCCUGCUACAAUUGAACGCAAUAUAACAAAUGGAGAAUAUGAACUUCUGAUUAGUGAUUACAAUCGAGCUAAGGCGCACUUUGCAGACACCCAAGUCAGUGUGUUCAAGCGGGUUUUCUCUGAAGUGGAACAAAGAAUUAUUAAAUUCAGAGAAAAGUUACAAGAUUUACUUAAUAAAGGAUGUCUAAACCAUGAAAAUCGAAAUAUUGAUGAAAUCAAAAAACUUAUUCAAUAUUUGCUGAGCUUGGAAGCCCCAGGUAAUCCUGCAUGGGAUUCAAUUGUAAAAAUCAAAGAAACAUUAUUAUCCGAGAUGAAAGAGUGCCAUUGUAAAUAUGUUGAGAUGUCAAAGUUACCACAGAUAAUCUCAAAAGAUUCACCUAAUUUCCUGUCGGAUGGCGAUUCUGAUGUUCAAGGUCCUCCGAUCAUUCAAUUUAUUGAAGAGUUAACCACAAUUUUUACUACAUCAUUCGCAGAUCUAGUCAAACUAGGUACUGCUUAUUUGGAUGGAGAUUUUAAUACCAAAGAGUCACAAAGAGAAUUGGAACUGAAAGAGACAAAUUUCAAUACUGAAAUGGUUCAAAAACCUAUUUUACUUGCCGUUAAUCUUAUAAGAAGCGCACUUCUCCCUGGAUCCAUCAUCAGCCUCGGACCUGACUAUGAAACUUGGCCAGCUAGUGCAGCCGAUGAGAGCUUUUUUGUUUGGCUUCCUAGAUGUUUAAGAGUUUGCAGUAACUUUUACAGAGACCUGACGAGAAACGAUCUUCAACCGGUUGUUUAUCAACCUAUUCAACAAUUAAUCACCGAUCUCAGAGUUCAUUCCUUAGUAUCUCUAUUUAACCAAGCAGCUGAAGAAGUUAAACAACUUUCUACUAAAGAAAAUUGGGAAAUUGUUUCUGAUGAUUCUUCAGGUACUCGAACUCAACUUCCUCUUUUAUUUGAAGCUAAAGUUAUUGAAAUAUUGCAACUAGUUCGAGAAAAUAUCCUGCAAACCACUACACAUGAGGAAGUUGACAUCUUUAGCAAAAUUAAUGUUCAGGGUCGGAUGAAACAACUUGCACAAAAUUUAUUACAAGCUUUUCUAUUAGCCUUAGAAAAGACUUACAAAAAUCCCGUAUCACCUCCUUCUCCAAGUGACAAAGAAAGGACAAUUGACGAAGAAGACAGAUGCUUAGUUGUUAUUUGCAAUUGCAGUUUUACAACUAAUCAAGUGAUGCCAAGAUUACAUGAAAGUUUUGAAAAAUACAACUAUCCCGAUAUGACGAUGGUUAUCAAAGUUAUCCAGAACAAGUAUCGAGACUUGGAAAAUAAAUUAUCUUCAUCAUUUGUUGAUAAUAAAUGUGAUUUGGUGAUAAAUGGUUUGAAACCUUCAAUGUAUACUGUUGCAAAUGAAUGGUACACUGGAACAAGUAAACCAUCUGAAGUCAAUUACUACAUAAAAGAAGUUAUUGGUUUGAUCAUCGAAGUUCAAGCAAAAAUUUUUCUCGUUGCUCCAUCCUUGGUGCGUAAAAUGGUCAGCCAAAUAAUAGAAGCAACUUUGGAAGAAAUAGCUACUUUAUUCCAAUCAGUGUCCGACCGUUUAACAGAUGCUGGAAAUAUUCACGCUCAAGUUGAUUUAACAGCCUUGGAAUAUGUCUUCUCUGAUCCCGAACAUUUUGAAACUCCAAAAACUGAUAAACUUUUGAAGAUGGCUCGUUCACGUUUAAGACCUGUCUCGUCUUCUUCAGAUCAAAAGUUAAUCUUAAAAAUUUUGAAUCGUUUCAAAUCAUCUAUGCAACUACAACUAUUAUGCUUCAAAUGGGCGUCCGAUAGUACUGUAAUCAUCGUUUAAAUUUCCUUUCAUCCACUCUUACUAGUUAAAUAGCUAUUCAUCUAUUCAUAUAAAAUAGGAAAUUCAUGUUGAUAAGAAAGGAACUCAGUAAGAUGAAACAGAUUAUAAUCGUCGGAUCUUUGUUACUCCCUUAUUCCCAUUGUUAAAAAAAUUAUCAAUUAAACAACUCUUAUACGGGCUAUAGUUAUUUA